GACACUGUAACGUGCUCUCUUGCGUAACAGUCGCUCGCGCUUGUCCGCGCAUGCGCGGUCGCGCUGGGUCUGUCCGCCAUUGAGACACACAAUCUCCGAUAGAAACGGGUCAGCGGCAGUGACACAGACGACACUCGUGUUUCUACAUUCCUCGUGCGUUGAGGUCUGACGGUUACCGUUUUUUACAACGUCUUUUUACAGUCCGUUUACACUGGUGUUUUCUUUUUUGUCCCGAGAAACGUUUGAUGGACCUGCACAGGAUAUUUUAGCAGCGUUUAGUGUUCCCGUUAGCGGGUUAAGAGAACCGAGCCUGGCUCUGCUCUGGGGGCAAGUGCGCCUACAGCAGCUCAGCGUUUGAUGGAUCCUAGAAUCGCCUGGUUUCAGCCAGAGCAGCGCGGACCUGCCAACAACCUGUGGAUGCACAUCUGGGAAAAAACGACGCAGACGCUGGGAAACCUCUACUUCCACAACAACUGCAACACAGCCAGCGCCAAACUGACGAGCGGUGGAGGCGACGGAGCGUCGAGCAACGCGGCCGACAGCAGCGGCACGCGCAGGGAUCAUCAGGGGAUGUCUGGAUCCAAACCCGACAGUAAGGUCCCCGAACAAAUAGACUUCAUCCCUCUGGAAGGCAAUAACAACAAUAACAGCGGCGGCGGAGGGGGGCAAGUGGGUGGCAGCAGGGUCGCGGGAGUGGGAACGGAGUUGCCAAGCAAGAGGAGAAGAGACAACAAGGCGAGCACCUUUGGCUUUAACAGGAGUCUGCUGCUGACGGAUGGGGCGGAGGACAUUUACACGUGCACACCGUGGAAGAGCAGAAACUACUCGGAAGGCAUUGUGGGCCUGCAUGAGGAGAUAAAGGACUUUUAUGAGUAUAUUUCUCCUCGUCCAGAGGAGGAGCACAUGAGGCUAGAGGUGGUGGCCAGGAUCCACAGAGUCAUCAAGGACUUGUGGCCCCAAUGCCGAGGUUAGUUGUUUGGCAGCUUUAGCACAGGCUUGUAUUUACCUACAAGUGAUAUAGACUUGGUGGUUUUUGGUCACUGGGAGACUUUACCUCUCUGGACUCUGGAAGAGGCGCUGCGCAAGAGAAAAAUUGCAGAUGAGAACUCUGUCAAAGUCCUGGACAAAGCAACGGUUCCCAUCAUUAAACUGACAGACUUGCACACAGAAGUAAAAGUGGACAUCAGCUUUAAUGUACAGAAUGGUGUUAAAGCUGCAAAGCUCAUCAAGGACUUCAAACAGCAAUUUCCUGUAUUACCGUACCUGGUGCUGGUUUUGAAGCAGUUUUUACUGCAGAGAGAGCUGAAUGAGGUUUUUACGGGAGGAAUCGGAUCAUACAGUCUGUUCCUCAUGGUUGUCAGCUUCUUACAGCUGCACUACAGAGAGGACGCGUGUAGUUCAAACCCAAACCUCGGUGUACUGUUGAUCGAGUUUUUUGAGCUUUACGGACGGCAUUUUAAUUACCUGAAGACGGGGAUCAGGAUAAAAGACGGUGGCUCGUACUUGGCCAAGGAUGAAGUGCAGAAAGGCAUGCUGGAUGGGUACAGACCCUCUAUGCUUUACAUUGAGGAUCCUUUGCAGCCAGGAAACGAUGUAGGGCGAAGUUCAUAUGGGGCGAUGCAGGUGAAAGAGGCUUUUGAUUACGCUUACGUUGUCUUAAGUCAUGCUGUGUCCCCAAUUGCCAAGCACUACCCCAACAACAAGUCAGAGAGUAUUCUCGGUCGAAUAAUCCGUGUCACACAGGAAGUAGCAGAGUACCGUGACUGGAUCAGUGUGGAGUGGGGCCAGCGGAGCAACAAUGAGCCGGUCCUCAAUUGUAAUGCAAAUGAUCUCACACGGUUAGUUGAGUCUGAGGAGCUUGAUGAGUGUAAUAAUAACUUUCCAGAAGAUAGUGCGGUACUUCCUGCUGUUCCCCGGAGCAAAGCCUCAUCAAACUCUUCCUCUCCUUCCCCCUCUACCCCUUCAUCGCCAUCAUCAUCACCACCAUCAUCAGCAUCCACCACAACAAAUGAUGACUCUGAUGGAACACCCUGUAAGACUUCAAAAGCUUUGGGCCGGGGCUCUAACUCCUACAGUGAGAACACAGAAAGGAAUCUGUCCAAUCACAGGUCACAAAAUCAUUCAGCAACAAUGCCCACCCCCACUAAUAAGGGCAACAAGAGCCGACAGCUUGCUAACAAAAGUGCUCAAGGGCCACACAACAACCCCAAAAAGAUCCAGCAAAACGGCAAGUCCCAAAAACUCACCAUGAAGAAGAGGAAACCUCAGCGUGAGAUAGCGCAUGAGGACUUCUGUAGAUAGGGGGAGCUGUUCUUGCAGACUCACACCUGCUCUUAAUGUCUCUGACCACAGAAGGGUGCUGCUGGUAUCAUUUAUCUCUCCUGUCCCACUGUUUAAGGGAUGCGUGUGACUUUGUAGCUGGAAAAGGAAAACAAAAAAAAAAGAAUAGUUAAAGUGGGGCGUAGGUAACGGGAUUGAAAUCAUGUGGGAGAGUUUAGGCCUGAUCUCCAUUGGCUUCUGCACAGCUUCUGCUCACUGCCCAUAGUAGAGCUGCACUGCCGUACUGGAGAUGUGGAGGACCAGAGAAUGUAGGAGAGAGAAUUCAACUUGAGCAAUACCUGAAGCCCUGGACUUUUGCCUCACUGAGGACAACUAAAAAAAAAAAAAAAAAAAGGACUUGAAUUACAAAAAAAGGUUAUAUUGAAAGUGUAAAGAUUUUUAAAUGUCUAAAAAAAUUGAAAAUGUAAUUAGUACAAGAGAAAUUAUGCAUGUUUUUUUUUUCUUUUUUGAAAGAGUGGUUCUUUUUUUGUCUUGUACGCAGAUUAUACAAAUAUUUGUACAAGAAAAAAAAAAUGAAACAAAAAAAAUAUAUAUAUAUAUUAUCCAACAUGGAAAUGGUUUCAUAAUACUUUUAUAGUAUUGUUCAAUUUUUGCCAUGCUGUAGAUGUACACACAUUAACCAGAAAACAGCGAUUCACAGCUAUGUACGGGUUUGGGUUCAAUUGCCAACACGUAUCAUCAGCCUCUUCUGCUGUUCAUGUAACGAUGUGGUUAGGCAGUGUGAGAGAGGUGUUAGUAGUUGACUGCACAUCUGAAAACACACAGUGUUUUCGAAACAAACUUGCCGAAAACAAACUCAGUGCACACUGUAUGAAUGUGUGUGUGUGUUGAGUGUAUGUGUGAACAGUCUGUCAGCAAGAGGAGUAAAGUGUAGAUCUGGAAAUUUGAAUAACACUACAGCUGUGGUUUUCAGUCUGCUUCUCGGAAUGAUCUGCCCAUCACAAAAUAAGUUGUAUUUGUUAAUGUAUUUAUUUUUAUCAAAGACAGUGGAUUUAUAUAUGCUGACCGCAGAGGCCAGACAUGUUCUGUCUUAUGGCUGAGUGGCAAAACAUGAUAGGUGCUUGUCAUGUAGUGUGCUAUAUAUAUAUAUAUAUAUAUAUAUAUAUAUAUAUAUAUAUAUAUAUAAUUUAUUUUUUUUUUUUUUCUGAAUGUCAAAUACCAUUUUUCCGAUAACAAUUGAGUGACCAAGUUUAUUUCUGAAAGUACUUUUUAAAAGAGAUAUAAGAAAAAAGUGGUUUAAACAUUUUAAUUUGUGGCUGGUCUACUUAAAAGGAGAUGAGGUGAAUUAUUUUGUGUGAUUUUUUUUAUUUUUUGUUUAUUUUCUUUAAAAAAAAAUUCUUCAUUCCACUGGAUCUUGAUGUAUUGUAAGAAUGCCCAUUCUCUCUAAAUUAAUAUUAUUGCAAUUCUUCGGAUAAACAGUAGGUGGUGGUGUAACAUAAGGUUAUUUCAUACACUGUAAUUCCCCUGUGACUUUUUGUUUUAAGAUUUGCCUAAUAGUUUUCACGGAUCUCUGUAAGUUUAAGAGAUGAUGGCUUUUGAUGAGUAUUGAAGCCAGUAGUAUGUCUUAAAACCAGAUGUAUGCCACUGAAAUAGAGCUGAGAGAAAUGCAGAGAUAGAACAAUAGGAGGAUCAUUAGUGCCACAGCCAGUGCUCCAGACAGGUUUACUUAACAUGUAUCCCAUGAUCAUUCAUGCAAUAAAAAUGACAGCACAACUAUCAAACAUCAAGCUGGUACAUUUACUAUUCUACAAAAUUUCUGUUCAAAGCUUUUCUUUGUUUUGAAAAGUUGCUAUAAAUUUUGUACUUUCCUAAUGUUAAGUGUACUAAAUGUUGUUUGGACAAUUUUUGAUAUUGUUUAAUGUCUUGGUAUAGCUCAUUUAACUUGACGCCAUGUGACUGAGCCAAGUAAAUGAAUGCUGUUCUAUAGUCAGCUGGUACAGCAGAACCAAAUGAACACCAUAAUUAAACCUGAUAUUAUUUUCUCUCUCCAA